UAAUUUGAUUGGUGUGGGAAGCUUUGGGUCUGUGUACAAAUGAGUUCUUGACAAUGAUAGAGCUCAACUUGUUGCUGUGAAGGUUUUUAACCUGUUACUCCGAGGAGCUUCAAAGAGUUUCUUAGCCGAAUGUGAGGCAAUGAGAAACAUCAGGCAUCGAAAUCUUAACAAAACUUAAUUUAACUGCAUGUUCAAGAGUUAACUUUCGUGGAAAUGAUUUCAAGGCUCUAGUUUAUAAAUUCAUGGGCAAUGGGAGCUUGGAGGAGUGGAUUCAUCCAACCGAUGGACCAGAAGAGGUAACUGAUGCAUCCAAGAAAUUGAAUCUUCUUCAGAGGCUAGGCAUCGCCAUUGAUGUUUCUUGUGCACUAGACUAUCUUCAUAAUCAUUGUGAACCACCAAUAGUUCAUUGUGAUCUCAAGCCAAGCAAUGUUCUUUUGGACAACGAGUUGGUUGGGCAUGUUACUGACUUUGGACUUGCAAGAUUCCUCUCAAAACGAGCCAUCAACGUCUCUACAAAUGAUCAAACAAGUUCCAUUGGAUUGAGAGGAUCAAUCGGUUAUGUUGCUCCGGAGUAUGGUAUGGGAAGUGAGGUUUCAACAAAUGGGGAUGUCCACAGCUUUGGCAUUCUCUUGUUAGAGAUGUUUACAGGGAAGAGACCCACUGACCGCAUGUUUAGUGACGGCUUGAACCUUCGUAAUUUUGUGAAGGCGAAUUUUGGUGGACAAGUUACAGAAGUUGCAGAUUCCAUACUUGUUCAAGUAGGUAUCCCUACCAACACCACCCCCAACCAAUGCAGCGCAAGAUCUGAAAAAGUGGAGGAGUGCUUGAGUUCGAUGCUUCGAAUUGGAGUCUCUUGGUCUGUUGAAUCCCCAAGAGACCGAAAAGAGAUAAGUGAUUUUGUUAAUGAAUUGCAAUCCAUCAGGGUUAUUCUUCUUGCGUAGAAAGUUAUUAGCUUUUUUCGUUUACUUCAAAGCCCUUCGUUUCUUUUAAACUUUUUUUUUUUUUUUUAAUUAUGUACCUCCCUUUAAUGACUGAGGAUGUAUGAUAACUUAGCAUACACCUUCAUGCCAUAUCAGCUAUAGUUAGUUACAAAUCAGUUAGUUGGUUAAGUGAGCUAAAAGGAGAGAGAGUGAGUGCUGAGUCCUCAUUUGUAAGCUGCUAUAUAUAGCAACCUAU